AUGUAUUUUACCAACAACAAAAUUGUGGCCACAGAACCUCCAGAAGAAGAACCUCCUGAAAAAGAACUCAGAAUUCUUUUGGUUGGAAAUAAAGGGGUGGGCAAAAGUGCAACAGGCAACACCAUCUUGGGAAAAAAGGUUUUUAAAUCAGAGAUAUCAUCUUCUUCUGUGACUGGACAAUGUGAAAAAAGUUCUGCAGUAGUGAAGGGAAGAAAAGUAUCAGUCAUUGACUCUCCAGGUCUGUUUGACACCAGCUUAAGUCAAAAUGAGGUGAUAAGCAGAGUUAAACGCUGUAUUCCUCUCUCUGCUCCUGGUCCACAUGUCUUCUUAAUUGUGAAUCAGUUGGGCAAAUUCACAGAAGAAGAGGCAAAAGCUGUUCAAAUCAUCCAAGCAAUAUUUGGCCAAGAAGCCUCCACAUAUGCCAUGGCCUUGUUUACUCAUGGAGAUCAACUAAAAGGCAAAAGUAUUCAUAAAUUUGUUCGUGACAGCCCAGAACUGGUCAGUUUCAUCAAAACCUGCAGUGGACGAUAUCAUGUGUUCAAUAAUGAAGAUAAGAGUCCAGAUCAGGUCAUUCAGUUACUGGACCAGAUUGAUAAAUUGGUGACUGGAAACGGUGGGCAGCAUUACACCAGUGAGAUGCUUGAGAUGGCAGAGAGAGCAAUUGAGCAAGAGAAACAACGUAUCCUGAAAGAAAUUAAAGAUCUAAAGGCUAAAGUUAGAGGUGAGGUGUUUGAAGAAGAAAAAAUUAAAUUAAUCAAGGAACAAGGCGUCCGCACCGCGGAUGAAUGUUUCAGCCGGUGUAACUUUACCUGA